AUGGCUCUUGUUAAAGUGACGACCAUUUUUAUGGAUUGGUUCUACUCGCUUGCAAGAAAAACAGGCCAGUAUGCUAAAGAAGGAGCUACCGCUACUAAGGACGCGGCAGUUGAUAUCGGAGGAUACCUCAAAGAGAAAAAACCGGCAAUCAAACAGGCUGCAAAAGAUACCGCUAGUGGCACGAAAGCAGCUGCCUGCAAAACGAGCGAAGCUGUCGGAUCUGGGUUAACCAAAGUAGGAGAGACACUCAAGUCCGCCGGUAGUAAAGGGACGACUCCGUCGAAAGAAAUAGACAGCGAUUCUGGGGAUUCUGGUAGCCCAAGUGGAAGCAAGAGCAACGAAGCGCACAUUGAUAGCGCUAGUGGACAAGAAGAAAAAGCGUAUAGCCCGUGA